CGCCCAAUAUAUUACUAUCUAAUCUCCCUCUGCUGAUUUCUUCUAUUUUUGUGUCGGAGAGAUCAUAACAAGAAUCAAUGGCGAAUCAAACAAGAACUCAUCAAGACAUCAUAGUCCGAGACAGUAGAAGUACCCUAGACAGAGACCAUCCGAAGACAGGGGCGCAGAUGGUGAAGGUAGCGACUGGUGUCGCAGCCGGUGGAUCCCUCCUAGUCCUCUCAGGCUUAACACUCGCCGGUACAGUGAUAGCACUCGCUGUAGCCACUCCUCUGCUUAUUAUAUUUAGCCCUGUCUUGGUCCCAGCGGUGAUCACCGUGGUUCUCAUCAUCACUGGGUUCCUUGCCUCCGGUGGCUUUGGUAUAGCCGCCAUAACCGCCUUCUCUUGGCUCUACAGGCACAUGACGGGGUCUGGAUCGGAUCAGAAGAUAGAGAGUGCUCGAAUGAAGGUGGGAAGUAGAGCGUAUGAUACCAAGUCUGGGCAGCACAACAUUGGAGUCCAUCAGCAACACCAACAAGCAGCUUCUUAAAAUUAAUGUCAGAUAAAACUAUUUCCACACAAAUUGUCAUAUCCAUCGUUUGAUCUCUUUUCUUCGUUUUCUCACUGCUUGUGCUGUAACGUAACGUGUAAUAAUAACAUGAGUGUAUGCUGUCAACAUUGUCAUCUUAGUUUUUUUUUUUUAUCUUUUUCAAAACAAAAUGUAUCAAAGUAAUGUUUUAUC